UUGGGGUUUCACAAACCGAUGAACGGCGACUGUUCGAAGACAGAUUAAUCUAAAGCAAGACCCCAAACCUAAUCUUGGGCAGCGGCUACUGAUUUAUGGAGUCUAGGGUUGUGCAAAACCCUCUGGACGCAACCCUAAUGGGUUCCAACAUGAUACAAAGCUCAAAGGCCAAAAUACGGCGUCGUAACACCGAAUCAGAUUCUGGACGUCAACUUUCUUUGACGACUCCGGAUGAAUUUGAGCCUAAGACCAGAACGCCCAAAUCCGAGCCCGUAUGCGACCGUGAGACCAGUUUUAGCGCAAACUGCUCCUGGACUCCGAAACGGCCCCGAAGUUGACUUGGUUUGAUCCUCCACCUCGGCUUGGGCUCCCUUGCUGGUCCACCACGCCUCCAAUCCCUUCCUUGAGUAUUUUCUGAUCCUCUCCUUGGUUCCUAAUUAUAAUAUAAUCAUAAGGUAGCAAUCUAUUCCGAAAACCAAACAAAGAAGUGCUUAGAAAAGAGCUCACCUCUUAAUUCAAUUGUCGCGCGCGAGCUCUCGUAAUUGGAACUUGAAUGCUCAUUGGAGGAUUAUUGUGUAUAUCUAAAUGAGUGAUGUCCUCGUCAACAGCGCAGAGCACGACGAGAUCGCAAAGAACAAGGGCGACAGCAAGGCCCUGACAUGGGAUGAUCUAGCGAGGAUGAAGUUCACGUGGCGCGUCGCGGAGACCCUCCGCUUGGUGCCUCCCAUCUUCGGCAGCUUCCGACGAGCCCUGGAGGACGUCGAGUUCGACGGCUACCUCAUCCCCAAAGGAUGGCAAGUGUUCUGGGCGGCGAGCGUCACGCACAUGGACGCGGCCAUCUUCCACGAGCCGGCCAAAUUCGACCCGUCCAGGUUCAAGGACCAGUCAACGGCGACGGCUCCACCAUGCUCGUUCGUGGCGUUCGGCGGCGGCCCGAGGAUCUGCGUCGGCAUGGAGUUCGCCAGGAUCGAGACGCUGGAGACGAUGCACCACCUGGUCAGGCGGUUCCGAUGGAAGCUGCGCUGCAAGGAAGACACCUUCGCCAGAGACACCAUGCCGUCGCCGCUGCACGGCCUACCCAUCCAGCUCGAGAACAAGACCUCUCCCUGAUCAG